AUGCAUUUUAACUACGCUGCAGCUACACUGGCUGCAUUGCUCCCUCUAUGCUCGGCCCAGACCUACUCGAAAUGCAACCCGCUUAAGCAAUCUGGUUGCGAGCCCAACCCAGGUAUGGGCGCCAAUUUCAACUCCGACUUCACCACCGGCGAUGGAGCUCUCGGCGGCUGGACAACUACCGCCGGAAAAGUCACGACUGGUGGCCAGGGUGCCGAGUUUACUCUGGCCAAGCGAGGCGAUGCGCCCACCAUUGACACUAACGGCUACUUCCUAUUUGGUAAGGUCGAGGUUGUCAUGAAGGCUGCGCCGGGACAGGGUAUUGUCAGCAGCAUUGUCCUAGAGUCGUCCGCCCUCGAUGAGAUUGACUGGGAAGCCCUCGGUGGUGACACCACUCAGAUUCAGACCAAUUACUUCGGCAAGGGCGACACUUCGUCCUAUGACCGUGCAACUUUCGUGAACAUGGCUUCUCCACAGGCUGAUUACCAUACGUACACCAUCGACUGGAACAAGGACCAGACCACCUGGGCCGUUGAUGGCAACAUCGUACGUACUCUUAACUACAACGACGCCAAGGGUGGUACUCGCUACCCCCAAACCCCUAUGCGCCUGAGACUGGGCAUCUGGGCCGGUGGCGACCCGGGUAAUGCGCAGGGUACUAUCCAGUGGGCCGGUGGCCCGACUGACUAUACCAAAGCCCCCUUCACCAUGUAUGUUAAGUCGGUUAACAUUGUGAACUAUACGCCCUCCGACUCCUACACCUACUCCGACAACAGUGGUUCCUGGCAGAGCAUCAAGAACUCUGCCUCGUCCCCAGAGCCUCGCAGCACCUCUAGCACCACGGACACCCCGUCCACCCCGUCUAGCACUGAAUCCGCACCCUCGUCUGAGCCCGCGACCCAGUCUAGCACCAGUAGCACAAGCUCUCCUACUGGUUUCAUUACCAGCACUACCAGCAGUACUGCUGGCAGCACCACUGACACCACUGAAUCUACCACUGGUACUGCCACUGGCACUACUACCGGCUCUUCCUCGGAAUCUGGCUCUGGCUCCACCACUGCCGAGUCCAGCUCGAGCACCGGUUCCUCCGGCGCUGGUGCAUCCACGACCGAGUCUUCUGUUCCCGGGUCUUCGUCCGGCGCUGGAUCUUCCACUGGCGCCGGAUCUGGCUCUGGCUCGGCUUCUAGCUCAGCCGCUGGUGCCACUUCCACUGUUCCUCUCUCCAACUCUGCUACAACGCCUUAUAGUGGAUCUUUCAUGGGCCUCAUGACGAUCAUGGGCUUGAUGACCGCCAUGUUGCAGCUGUAA